CCAGACUGGCAGCUCUGAGGGAGGAAGAGAAGCAGAAGGGGAAGACUAUCAGCAGAGAGAUGAAGAGGAUUCAGGAGCAGAUCUCCUCUCUGUCAGACAGUAUCUCUGCUGUUGAAGAAGACCUUCAGAAAGACAACGUGUCGUUCCUCAGCAGUUAUAAAGCCACUCAGAGCAGAACCAGAGCCCAGAACUCACUGUCAGAUCCACAGCUGGUCUCAGGAGCUCUGAUAGAUGUGGCCAAACACCUGGGCAACCUGUCCUUCAGAGUCUGGGAGAAGAUGAAGGAGAAGGUCCACUUCAGUCCUGUCAUUCUGAACUCAAACACAGCACACCCUGAGCUCCAUCUGUCUGAUGAUCUGAUCAGUGUGAGAUAUGGAGACACAAAGCAGCAGCUUCCUGAUAAUCCAGAGAGAAACACUGAUUUCUCCAACGUUUUUAGGUUCUAAGGGCUUCAGCUCAGGGAAACACAGCUGGGAGGUGGAGGUUGGAGAUCAUCCAAAAUGGACUCUGGGUUUGGUCAAGGAGUCUGUGGAGCGAAAGGGAAUCAGAUGUACUUCGCCAGAA